AUGGUCAAACCUACGGUCAAGACAAUGGUCAACCCAACGGUCAAAACAUCGGUCAAGAGAAUGGUCAAACCAACGGUCAAGACAAUGGUCAACCCAACUGUCAAGACAAUGGUCAAACCAACCAUUAAGACAACGGUCAAGACAACGGUCAAGACAACAGUCAAGACAAUGGUCAAGACAAUGGUCAAGCCAAUGGUAAAACCAACGGUCAAGCCAACGGUCAAGACAAUGGUCAAGAUAAUGGUCAAACCAAUGGUCAAAACACGGGUCAAGACAAUGAUCAAGACAAUUGUCAAACCAACGGUCAAGACAACGGUCAAACCAACGGUCAAAACAUCGGUCAAGACAAUGGUCAAGCCAACGGUCAAGACAAUGGUCAAGACAACGGUCAAGACAACGGUCAAGACAACGGUCAAACCAAUGGUCAAAACAUCGGUCAAGACAAUGGUCAAGACAAUGGUCAAGCCAACGGUAAAACCAACGGUCAAGACAAAAACGAAUUUAAUUCAAUGUGCAGUAUCCUUCCGGACAUGA